GCCGCAGCUGCGGCGCUGGGCGUAGGGUGCCCCGGGCAGGUGCGGAGCUGCGUUCCGCGCGCGCCGGUCUCAGCGGACUCGUGCGGUGGGCGCUGGCUGGGCAGCCCCGACCCGAGACCCGCCCUCCCGCCGGCCCCUCCCUGUCCCCCGCGCCGCCGCCGCUUCCUGGUCCCCGCGGCAGGCAGCCAUGGCCGAAGAGCAGCCCCAGGUCGAGCUGUUCGUGAAGGCUGGCAGUGAUGGGGCCAAGAUCGGGAACUGCCCCUUCUCCCAGAGACUGUUCAUGGUGCUCUGGCUCAAGGGAGUCACCUUCAACGUCACCACUGUUGACACCAAGAGGCGGACUGAGACAGUGCAGAAGUUGUGUCCAGGAGGGCAGCUCCCAUUCCUGCUGUAUGGCACAGAAGUACACACAGACACCAACAAGAUCGAGGAGUUUCUGGAGGCCAUGCUGUGUCCUCCCAGGUACCCCAAGCUGGCGGCUCUGAACCCUGAGUCUAACACAGCAGGGCUGGACGUAUUUGCCAAAUUUUCUGCCUACAUCAAGAAUUCAAACCCGGCUCUCAAUGAUAAUCUGGAGAAGGGGCUCCUGAAAGCCCUGAAGAUUUUAGACAAUUACUUGAUAUCUCCACUCCCAGAAGAAGUGGAUGAGACCAGUGCGGAAGAUGAGGGCAUCUCUCGGAGGAAGUUUCUAGAUGGCAACGAGCUCACCCUAGCUGACUGCAACCUGUUGCCAAAGCUGCACAUAGUACAGGUGGUCUGUAAGAAGUACAGGGGCUUCACCAUUCCUGAGGCCUUUCAGGGAGUGCAUCGGUACUUGAGGAACGCUUACAGUCGGGAAGAAUUUGCCUCCACCUGUCCAGAUGAUGAGGAGAUCGAGCUGGCCUAUGAGCAGGUGGCCAAGGCCCUCAAAUAAGGCUGUGGCGGGGCUCCCUCACUCACUUUCCUGCAAGCUCGCCCUGGAGCCCCUGGCUGGUUUCCACACUGCUCCCAAUGGACAUAUCCAAAGGGCUGGUGGGCACUUGUGCAGGUGUGGGUGGGUGGCUGGCUGGGGAAAAGGGAAGGGAAGUAGGGGGCUUACGGGUAAGAUUUUUUUGUGGGGUGGGCGGGUAGGACAAGUAUUUCAGUAAUAAAAUACAGAAUGAGA